CAGCCGGAGACGCGUGAAGGAAGGAGUCGUUACUGUCAGCUGUCUCUUUUUACUCUGAGCUCACCACAGAGGAGGAGGUCUUAAAAUGUGCACCAGCGUCCAGCCCAUCGAAUGGACCAGCGACCUCAAGAACCAGAAUUUUGAUGGCAUCGUGUUGGUGACCCAGAACCAUGACACACUGCCCGCAGAGCUCGAGUGUCUGAAAGCACCACUGCAGGACUACAGCUCUGUGGAUAGUGGCCUGGGCGAGGAGGUGGUGAUCCUGAAGGUCCCUGGUCUUCCUGGUAACCGUCUAGUGUUUGCCUCCACCGGUCCGGUAAACCGCGACUACGAUGAUGUCAGGCGCUUCAGCGAUGCAGCACUCAGCGGCAUCAAAAGGGCCUUGAAAGCAGGCAUGCAGCGCCCUCUAUUGGUCUGCCCUCCGCACAAGGAUUAUAAAAACAGCACCAUGGCGGCUGCACUCGGGGCCCUUCAGGCUCUCUACAUGCCCCUGGAAGUAAGGGAGGGAAACGUAAAACCCACUGAGUACAAGGUGUGUGUUCUGGGGCUGUGGGCAGCGCAGCAGGCAGAGGGACAGAGACUGGUGGAGUUAGCUGAUGCUCUGGAGAGUGGGAGACUAGCAUGUCGUGACAUCGGUGGCUCAGACCCUGAACGCAUGGCUGCACCUCGUGUGGCUGAUUAUGUCGUGGAACUCUUCAAGGACAGCCCUGUGCAGGUUGAAGUGGUGAGCGACGUGAAGGUUCUGGAGAAGGAGUAUCCCUGUCUGGCUGCCGUCAACCGCUGUGCCAACAGUGUACCUCGUCACCAAGCCAGAGUUAUCAAGUUGCAGUACUGUGGAGCUGGACCGGUCCAAAAGACGCUCAUGUUGGUGGGAAAGGGCAUCACCUACGACACUGGCGGAGCAGACAUCAAAGCUGGUGGCUUCAUGGCUGGGAUGCACAGGGACAAGUGUGGAGCUGCUGCUGUGGCCGGCUUCUUCCAGAUUUUAGCCAAGUUGAAGCCAAAACAUCUGAAGGUUAUCGGCUCCAUGGCCAUGGUGAGGAACAGCGUUGGUGCAGACUGCUAUGUGGCUGAUGAACUGGUGGUUUCCCGUGCCGGUCGCAGAGUGAGGGUGGGAAACACAGACGCUGAGGGACGUAUGGUGAUGGUCGACCUGCUCUGUGAGAUGAAGGAGAAGGCAGUACGUGAGACAUCUCCUGAACUGUUUACUAUUGCUACGCUGACUGGUCAUGCCAUCAGAGCCAUGGGACCCAACUACUCUAUCAUCAUGGAUAAUGGACCAGCACAUCGCAGUCAUAAUGCUGCUCAGUGGCAGAAAGCUGGAGAGGUGUUGGGCGACGUGUUUGAGGUGUCUAGUAUCAGACGAGAGGACUACGAGUUCCACAAGGGCAAGUCUGAGUACGAGGACAUUCUGCAGUCCAACAACCUGCCAUCCUCAGCUACACCUCGAGGACAUCAGACCCCUGCAGCUUUCCUCAUCAUGACCUCAGGGCUUGACAAGCAUGGUGUGGAUUCUACAACGCCUCUGCCAUACUCCCACAUUGACAUCGCUGGAUCCAGUGGUCCAUUCCCAGGUGUGCCAACAGGAGCCCCCAUCCUUGCCAUGGCAACCAACUACAUCCUGUCGGAUGGUCUCUAAACAGACACAUCCAGUAUGAAAAAUAUACAGUGUCUGCACCCAAUACAAAUUUAAGACCGUCCAAAUAUGAAUGAAAUCUCCAAUCCAAAAAUUGCAUAUGUUCUUUGCAAUCUUUUUAAUAAGAUUUGUGACAUUCAUGUGCACCAAGUUUCAAAUUACCUUUGUCUUAAGUGGCCUGAAUCAGUAUAUACUCAGGGGCAGUAUAAAAAUACCAUCUGUUUAUAUGUGCGUAUGUAUGUGUGCAACGGAGAGAGAGAGGUGGGGUCGUGCGGCGCUGUCUGAGAGUCAAACCAAGCACCCAUCAUUGAUCAAUAAAACAAAAUUUAAAUUUAAA